AUGUAUUUUACGAAGAUACCAGUAUCGCAGAAAGUCAAAGUUUCGUGUGCCGUGGAACAGUAAGAACUUCCCACUCUUCCUUCCGGUUAAAAGUCGAAGUAGUACGAACAAAUACGAACUGUCCGAAACCCAUAGGUUUUCAAAGUACAAUGGCGCGAAACUUGUUAUUCAAUUCGUGGCUGUUGCGUGAAACGGAUGUGUGAAAAAAAUUUUCGGCUUCAUUCAACCAAAAAUUUUGACAUUUUUUUUUUUUUUUAAAUUAAAUCGAAAAUUUUAAAAAAUUUAGUAUUUUCAUUUAACAAAUUAAGGGGAUUUUGGAAAUAAAAGAAGAAUCAUGUAUGGGAUGCUUUUGGAGAGUGUUCAGCAUUUCGUACAGCUGGAAUAUGGAGAAGAAUUAUGGCUGCAAAUGUUAGAAAAAGCGGGAGUGAAGCACACAGUGUUCAAUACUCGACAAAUCUAUCCGGACGAUUUAAUGACAAAAUUGGCAGCUGCUCUCGCCGAUCAUAUUGGAAAGAGUAUCAAUAGUGUCAUGGAAUUUUUCGGAAAAUGUUUCGUUCGAUUUUUUAGUAAUCUUGGGUACGACUGCACAAUAAAAGCAACUGGUCGUUAUUUUUGUGAUUUUUUGGCAAGUGUCGACAACAUACACAUGCAAAUGCGAUUUACAUAUCCAAAAAUGAAAAGUCCCUCUAUGUAUAUAACACACGUGGAUCCACAUGGAGUUAUUUUAGUUUAUAGAAGUACUAGACAAGGAUUUACACAUUAUUUUAUGGGUCAACUGUAUCAAAUAGCUAAAGAGCUUUACGAAACAAGUUUAGACAUUAGAGUCCUCGAAACUUCAACUAACAUCCCAGGUAGUCGAAGUGUGAAAGUUACUUUUCGCAUUGAUUUUGACAACCGAGAAUAUGUGGCAAAAAAUACAAAAAUGCGAGCACCAAUUGGUCGAGAAUUAUCCCCAGUUCCAUGUUCAAUGUUACUGCGAUUAUUUCCAUUUGGUGUGGUGUUGAAUCGCGAUAUGUGUAUACAGGGAGUUGGCGGGAAGCUUUUACAAACUUGGGGUGGAAAUUCAUCCAUUUUAAAUAAACCAGUCACAGAAAUUUUCAAGCUACGUAGACCAAAAGGAAUUACAUUCACUUGGGGAAAUCUAAUAUAUCUUCACUCAGUAAUGUUUGAACUCGAGUUGAUAAGGUCAACGGAAAAUAAUUUGAGUUCAACAAAUAGCGAAGCUCCUAGUACAAGCAGCGGAUUAGAUAGAAGGGGAAGUCAGGGAUCACGUAGCAUAUUACUUAAGGGACAAAUGAGAUAUAUAGAGGACAUCAAGUCUAUAAUUUUCCUUUGCAGUCCACUAAUCAACAGCUUAGAUGAACUUCUUAGUAUGGGCCUAUAUCUUAAUGAUCUUAAUCCUCAUGGAUUAAGUAGAGAAUUAGUUCUUGCCGGUUGGCAACAUUGUGGAAGAUUGGAAAUGAUGUUCGAGAGAGCUGAACAAAGGUCACAGGAAUUGGAAAAUAGUUACGCCCUUUUAGAUCGUUGGAAAAAUAAAAGCGACGAACUUUUGUAUUCGAUGAUCCCUCAAACUGUUGCUGACCGUUUACGAGCAGGGGCAAGUCCCUUAAGCACUUGUGAGUCGUUUGAAUCGAUAACAGUGAUUUUCUGCGAACUUUGUGAAUUUGAUUAUUCGACAAUUGAAGGUGCAAUGGAUAUUGUCACUUCAAUGAAUGCCGUUUUCUCCUGCUUCGAUUCUUUAAUGGAUAAAUUUAAAGUUUAUAAAGUGGAAACAAUUGGUCGAGUGUACAUGGCUGCCAGUGGUGCGCCAGAUAGAACAGAAGAUCACGCGAGAAAUGCUGCGGAUGUGUCCAUUGAACUGCUCAAUAAUGUUCGCUCUAUAAAACUUCCAUCUGGCCAGGAUAUUCACAUUCGAAUAGGAAUUCAUUCUGGACCUGCAGUUGCUGGUGUUGUUGGAAUUAAAGUACCCAGAUAUUGCUUUUUCGGUGAUACUGUCAACACAGCAUCCAGAAUGCAAACAACAAGUGAGCCAGGUAAAGUGCACAUAUCACCGGACACAAAAGCACUAUUGCCAGAGGAUCGAUAUCAUUUGGAGCCACGUGGAGUGGUUAGUGUAAAGAUAUUUGGAAGAAGAGAGCCAAAUUUACCUCAAUCGAAUGCUCAAGUUCAUUACAAUAUAACAAAAUCACAAUUAGGUGAUUCUGAUUUAGACGAAAUAUCAUAUAUAGAUUAUGACGUAUCACCAUCUAGAAGACCGCGAACAUGCAAUAAUUGUGUUUGUGGAAUCAGUAGAACAAGUAGAAUUGUUAAUGGAAAUUUAACAGAAUUUUUCGAAUUUCCAUGGAUUGCCAGCAUUCAUAUUGGUGGGAAAUAUCAAUGUGGAGGAAGUCUUAUCACUCAAAAACAUAUUCUCACUGCCAGUCAUUGUUUAUUCACCGACGAUCCCCAGGAUUAUUUGAUUAUUCUGGCUGAUAAUAAUUUACCAAAUAGUAAGGAAUAUUUAAUGAAACGAGGUGUAGCAUCUCUUAGAGUUCAUAAGGAUUAUGAUAGUACUUCUAAAAAUAAUGAUAUUGGUAUAAUUGAACUUGAUCGGCCAGUACCACUCGAUGGAAGUAUUCAAACUGCCUGCCUCCCAGAAGAUAAACCAAUCGAUUACUCGGGAGCUUUAGCAGUAGUGGUUGGUAGAGGUAAGACGGGAGAAGAUGAGGCUAUAAGUGAUGAAUUGCGUAAGGUUAACGUUCACAUUUUACCCGAAGAAGAAUGCAAACAGACUGGAUAUGAAGAAGGAAAAGUGACAAGCAACAUGUUUUGUGCUGGAUAUCUUGAUGGACAAUAUGAUUCUUGUCAUGGAGACAGUGGUGGUCCUCUUCAUGUGAAAGCAUCACAUGGUUUCAUGGAAAUCGUAGGGUUAAUUUCUUGGGGUCGAGGUUGUGCAAGACCCAGAUUCCCUGGGGUGUACACGAGAGUUACCAACUACAUGGACUGGAUUGCAAAUCAACUGAAUCAAGAUAACGCGUGUGUAUGUCAACAUCCACAAUGAAUAAUUAAAAAAUUAUAAAAUUUCAUUGCAAUCAAAAAAAAAAGUUAUGAUGAAAAUUCACAAAAAAAAAUUUUAUAUUAGACAAAGAUUAAAAUAGUUUAAAACCG